AAAAAGUAACGACAUCGAAAACACGCAAAUAUAUGCAUUUUAAACAAAUUUAAUGUGCUGAAACAUGUGGAUCUAUGUUUUUGUAGGAACUCUUUUCCUGAAAGGUUCUCUUUGCCAAGAUCCAUGCAGUCCAAUAAACCAUAGAAUUAUUGGCGAGCCUACUCGUUCCGUAAAUUAUCAAUUUAGUCCGAAUGAUACUGAUAUGUGCGAUCGCAGACUUCUGGAUGAAGGCUGGUACAGAAUUCCGGAAAAUGGAAACAUUGCUACUGAUUGUCCAGCAAUUUUAAGUUGCGGAUCAUUGUAUCCAGUGUGGUUAAACGGUACUCUUCCAGUGGGAGGAUCGAGAGUUACCUUGAAUGCAUGUCAGAGAGGUUUUCUUCGUUGUUGUGAAAACCCUUUUGCAGUUGAAGUCCAAAACUGCAAUUAUUUCAAUGUUUUUUACCUAACCACAAUUCCGGCCUGUCCAGGACGCUAUUGUACAGUUUUUCCUAUAUCUCUUACACCACAAGUCACACCAUUCAUACCUUCAUUCGAUCCUUUAUCUGAUGUAAGAUCUUUAGCUUUUCGAUGUCAAGUCUCAGUACCAUCAGACUAUCAUCAAUACUUCUUUGACAUAACUUGGUUUAUAAAUCAGAAUGAAAUCGUCGAUAAGUAUAAUAUCACAUACAGUAAACUAGUGACCGACGGAGUUCUUCACCGUAAAGACUGGGAUUCACAUCCAAACGGAACCAAAGUCCUUGGAUUUUGGGUUAUGUGCAAAAUGAGAGCAAGGACGAGUUCAGUCGGUGUUUCUACGCAGUAUUACAACAGUAAAGAAUUUUUCGCAGGAGCACAGAUAGAGAAAACAUCUUACACUGUACAAAGCGGAAAGGAAGUUACUAUUCGGAUAAAAUCCACUGUUCCAGUAGCUUGCGUAGAACUACAUGGUCAUAAGACAUGCGGGAUAAAUAUUGAGCUCUUUAGUCUUAGGGAUCAAUUUAAAGGUCGACCGGGUAACUGUAAUGACAGUUUACCAGAUGAAGAAAUUAAGAUGUCCAAAAGUGCAUGUGGACUAACAUUUGAUGGAUCGGAAUGGAACGAGUAUCACAAUUUCAAACUGCAAACACUUAGUGAUCAAGCAUUGAGAAAAAGCUACAAAUGUGCAGCUAAACUGAUUGCUAAGUCAAAUAUAGAUACGUUAUGGCUGAAUUAUCAGCUACCGGAAGUGUAUGUAAGUUAG